UUUCGCAGCUGGCUUUGGAUAGUGCUUAUCUUCCAACCUUCCUGGAAUUUUUAGAAUCAACUCGAAUUUCAGCAAGAUGGACCUUUCGCAAAUGUGCCGCGUUUGCCGGGACGAAUCCGACUGUCUGGUAGACUUGUUCGCGGAGUCGUGCGCCCUCCGAAGGGAUCAGGGGCAGGAGCCGCUAUUGGCCACCAUGUUAAAGGAGUGCACCGGAUGUAACGUGGAGAGGGCGGAUGGAAAGCCGCAAUUCAUCUGCGUAGAGUGCGCGGAGGCCACAAGGAACGCAUUCCGGCUGAGACGGCAAUGCCGGAAGAGCAAUCAGUACUUUGACCAGAUGCUAGAGAUGAUCAAGGAGCUGGAGAGCAUCGAAGAUCGCCUGAAAAUGGAGUCUGGAGGCAAUGAUUCGCAGAAACCCGAGUCCGGCGUCCAGGAUGGAGAACCUGCAGAACCUCAAGGCUUGGAACAUCUCUUAGUAGAACUCGUGGAGAUGAAGUACAAGUCGCUAGACACGCAGGAGCAAACCAAUGGGAGGAGGUCGGGAGAGCAAGAGCCAGACGGGAAACGCACUGCCAUGAAGAGGGCCAGGUCCUACUCGGAAAGUGAGUCCUGGAGUCCGGAAAGUGACUGCGCCAAAGACGACGAUGAUGAAAACUGGCCGGCUUCAAAGAAGAGCAAGGUCAAGAAGGGACGCGAUUUCUUUGUUUGUCUCGAUUGUAACCAGUCCUUCGUGCAUAAGGUACACUUGCAGACCCAUAUGCGCGUUCAUACGGGCGAGCGUCCGUACAAGUGCCCCCACUGUCCGCGAUCCUUCGCCCAGAAGGGCAAUCUUCACACCCAUAUACGACUCCACACGGGUGAGCGUCCUUACCAGUGUCCGCAUUGCCCCAACCGCUUCCGGCAAAUCGGGCAACUCCGUGUCCACAUCCGGGUUCACACUGGCGAACGGCCGUACAAGUGUCAUGAUUGCGGGCUUAGGUUCUCACAAAAGAACAGCCUGCAGAAACAUAUGUUCGUUCAUACAGGAGUGAAGUUCCAGCCGCAGCAACGAAGGAAAACGAAUAAAGUUUAAGAUGCAUAGAUGUUAAGACGUUCAUUAUUAUGUUUCCGUUGUCUUUCACUACACUACUUGUUUAUCAACAUAGAAUAAGUGGCAUGCCCAUUGGCAUAUUAUUAUUUUAUUCGUUAAUAUACUUACUAUUUCUUAUAGUACGUACUAUAUAUAUAUAAAGAAUGUUGCUCGAAUGAUUUUUUUUCGAAUAAUACACAAUGUGUAAACGAUUUAACAAGAUCUUUGUAUGAAUCUAUAUUUAAGGAUAGUGUUAGACCGUCAAUACAAUUCUCAUUUAUGUGCGGAAAGCCAUUUAAAACAAAGUUUAAAUAUUGUACGACAUCUUCGAAAUUCUCAUAGCUUUACAGCCAAAAAACUUGCAGCUAGUGCAAAACUCAUCAUUAACUAGCUUUAAGUGACUUCCAUUCUGUACAACAAUAAAUCAAUAUCUUUUGUUUUCAAA